GACAAAUUGCGUAGUCUCCGCACGGAUAUCGUCGAGUAUCAAAAAGAAGUUUAUGAUUCUUGGUGCCGCGAUCUCCACGGCGGUAUCAGAGACAAGUCGCUGAGUCUCGACAUCGAUCAACCCGUAAUCCAACUGGACGAGCAAGGGAUGCCAAAGGUGAAUUACAGUCCACGGCUCGUAUCUCUAAUCCAAGAGGUCCGUCAACUCAAGGUGAUGGGUUUGAACAUCCCUCCCGCGGUUGACGAGAUCGAUACAAAAGCUCGACUGUACUUCAGGCAGGCGAAGGACCUCCAGCAAAUUGGGAAUUUCUACACGACGAUCGCCGAUCACAUGAUACUAAGCCAAAGGCCGAUGAUGCUCUCAUCAGCGCAGCAGUUCACGAAACUCAUGAACAGCAAGGAGAAAAUAGCAACGUGGAACGAUCCACAAGCGGUGGAUGCGUACAUAAAGAAACUCCGGGACAUCGCGGAAAAGCUCAGCAGACUCAACCGCAUGCUGCGUCGCCAACACUUGGAAAAUGCCGAGAAAGUUCUCAUUCUGAUGAACACUGAUCUCCUGAACGAGCAACAAGUUUGGAAAGAUCAGUUGUCGGAAAUUCGAGGGAUCAUGAACCAACUCCAAGCCAGAGGUUUCAGCCCCGAUCACAUGAAAUCAUGGAAAACGCACUGGGAUCGUCAGUUGUAUAAGGCCCUGGAUUAUCAGUACGCCGCCUCCUUGUCGAAACUUUCUCAACACAUGGCGGAAAUACGAGUCGACCUGACCUUCAGGAAUGGGGAAAUCGCUUUCCGUCCACCCCUCGAAGAGGUUCGAGCGAAGUAUUUCUCACAGAUCAAGAAAUUCCUGUCCAUCCCUCAUCAUUUCAAAGGCGUGUCCAAUACCAGCGAGGGCGCGCAGAUAUUUGCCAGCAUAAUUGACAAGCACGCGGACAAGAUCAGCGCUCUCUACCGUGACCAACAUGCCGUCCUCGAGCAAGUGGAAAGGUCACGCGAUCGUUUCGAGGGUUGGGUCUCUUUCGGAGGCAUUGAUCUCGAGGAUAUAGUCGAGGAGUGCUGCAAAACGCCGGACGACUGGAGACUCAACUUGAAAAUGGUCAAAAUCAAAAGUCAGGAGUUUGCCAAAAUGAAUAUAGAGGAGGAAAAGUUCGACUGCAUCACUGUCAGUUUCGCUCCGAUCAAAUCCUACAUCGAUUAUCUGCUAUCUGAGAUCAACACGACUUUGGUCCAGGUGCUGCAGAGCAGCAUCACGAAGGACGCGAACAGGAUCCAGAAUUUCAUUCAACAGUCGACCAGCGUUUUAUUGCGUCGACCUCAAACCGUCGAUGAGAUGACUGAAUCCGUCAUCAAACUCAGCGAGAUCCGACAGACGCGCUCAGAGCUGCAAAAUGUCUAUGAGCAAAGCGAAGCCAAGAAUCAAAUCCUCGGGCGGUGGAGUCGGAAGAGCGUCAAAGAGUUGAAUCAGCUUUCCGCUCAAUGGGACACUCUGGAUCGUCUGAUAGAAGACUUCGAGGCGAACGUCAGAGAACAGGCCGAGGUCCUUAAGGCCAAUCUGCUCACAAAAAUGGACAAUUUUGACAGCGACGUCACUCGGCUCUGCCUUCGUUGGAAAAAUAGUCGACCGAAGAAGAAAGACGACUUUGAGCAAGCGAGUCAGCUAUUGAAAGAGUUUCGCUUGGAGCUCAAUGCUCUUCUGAAGACAAAGGGAGAACUAAUAGAAGAGUCGAAACACUUCGGUGUAGAUUCUCCGAGUGUUGGGGAGUUGGAAGCGCUCUCCGCGGAAUUCGAAGACGAAGAGAAAGUCUGGCUCAUGUUCGAAGAGUUCGACAGCGAUAUCAAGAAGCUGGCCGACGAAGAAUGGGUCGUCAUCAGGGGUCGUCUGCAUCGAUUCGAGAAUCUCUUAGGAGAUUGGAGUCGACGAUUGAAGGACAUUCAAGAAUCUGCGGUCACCGUGCCUCUCUUCGCUCGAGUGGACUCGUAUAGGGAAUUGUUGAGUGUUCUCAAAUUUUGUAAGGGCGAGGAGUUCUCACCGCAUCACUGGGGCGAGUUCUUCGCCAUAACAGGCAUCCCCCAGAAAAGUGCCGAUAAACUCCUUUUCGCGGACUUCCUCUCAGCGAAGAAUGUCCUCUUGGAAACUAGUGCCCAGCUGAAAGAUCUGAAUAACAGAGCCCACGGAGAAGUCACCAUCCGAGAAGCUUUCAACGAGCUCGAGUUCUGGUCGAAUAGCUCGAAGUUUUCCCUUGUCUCGCACGAGGACUCGAAUGGGGAAGCUCUGGCUUUGAUCAGAGAUUGGAGCGAGGUCACGUCGAAAGUCGGGGACAAUCAGUGUCUACUUCAAGCUAUGAAAGAUUCUUCGUUUUACCCCAAUUUCGCUGAUCGAGCCCAGGUUUGGGAGCAUAGGCUAUCGAACCUCGAUUCUGCCCUGUACGUUAUGCAGCAGGUUCAACGAAGAUGGACCUACUUGGAUCCUAUCCUUGGUCAAGGAGCCCUACCAAGUGAGGCUUCCCGCUUCAACGCCGUCAGCAACGAAUUCAAGAAUCUGAUGAGGGGUAUCCAACGAGACCCACGGGUGGUUCUCCUUUCGAAUCAGAUGGGACUGGUGGACUCGUUGACAAAUAUGCUCGAUCAACUGAAUCGUUCCCAGAAAGCUCUGAAUCAAUACCUAGAGGUGAAGAGGUCGCUGUUCCCUCGUUUCUAUUUCCUCGGUGAUGAAGAUCUGCUGGAGAUCUUAGGACAAGCGACUCGACCCCAAAUCAUUCAAUCUCACCUGAAAAAACUAUUCGCCGGUAUACAUCGAGUUCAAUUCAACGACACCGAGGACUCGAGCAAACUGGAAAUAGAAGCCAUGGUCUCGCAAGACGGGGAAGUGGUUCCGCUGGAAAAACCCGUCAAGGUGGUCCGAGAGGUCGAAGUGUGGCUACUGCAGCUUUCCCGGGAGAUGCAAAAUACCCUCAGGAACAUGGCUCACCGCUGCUUCGGCCGCGAUGCCGCGGAAGCGGCUCUCGACGAGUUCCCAUCGCAGGUCCUCUGUCUCUCUGAAAUGCUGGUAUUCACGCAGAAUUGUGAGAAAGCCAUCGAGAGCAAAUCACUCGACAAGCUCAGGCUGAAGCUCACGAAUAAGCUAUCAUCCUAUACCUCUCGUUUGGGAACCCUGACCGACCCUCUCCAAUCGCUGAAACUCAAAGCUCUCGUGCUGGACGUUAUUCACAACAUGGAUGUUGUUGAGUACCUCAUCGAACAUCAGGUCGUCCAGCUGAGCGAUUGGUGUUGGCAGAAGCAACUUCGAGCCUACAUGCAGAAAGAUAACACCAUUCGAGUGAACAUGGUCGACGCAUCUUUCGAGUACACCUACGAGUACCAGGGCAACGCAGCAAAGCUCGUCCACACACCUCUGACAGACAAAUGUUUCCUGACCCUGACUCAGGGAAUGAAAAUGGGAAUGGGGGGGAACCCCUACGGACCAGCCGGGACGGGGAAGACAGAGUCCGUCAAAGCGCUCGGCUCCGUGCUCGCGCGACAGGUCCUGGUCUUCAAUUGCGACGAGGGAAUCGACGUCAAGUCGAUGAAUAGGAUAUUCAUCGGCUUGGUGAAAUGUGGAGCUUGGGGAUGUUUCGAUGAAUUCAAUCGACUCGAGGAAGGAGUCUUGAGCGCACUCUCAGUGCAUAUCCAAGCGAUCCAACAUGCCCUUAAGGACAAGAGACCGUCGACAAUAUUAUCGGGUCAAACGGUGGACGUGAAUCCCAACGCCGGGAUUUUCGUAACGAUGAAUCCAGCUGGGAAAGGCUAUGGGGGACGGCAAAAACUCCCCGACAAUCUCAAACAACUGUUUCGGCCGGUCGCUAUGACGGUCCCCGAUAAUGUCGUCAUUACGCAAGUGUUGCUCUAUGCCGAAGGUUUCAAAUUCUCAAAUGUGCUCAGUACGAAGCUCGUAGCCGUAUUCACUCUGGCCAAGGAGUUCCUCUCCGAGCAACAGCAUUACGACUGGGGAUUGCGUAGUCUAAAAAGCGUAAUUCAGGCGUGCGGUGCGCAAUUACGGCAAGCCGACAUGGUGAAAGACGCUCGGGAACACGAGGAGUCUAAAGUCAUCAUCCGGGCUCUAAGGCUUAAUACGCUCUCCAAGCUGUCCUAUAGAGACAGUCGGCAGUUCGACGCACUCAUACAAGACAUCUUCCCGGACGUUGAGCUCGAGAACUUUGAGAACGAGUCACUGGCAGCAGCGUGUCGGGAAGCAUGCAGGGACCUGAAGCUUGAGAUCGAUGAGAAACAGAUUAAGAAAAUGAUCGAGCUCGACGAGCAGCUCCGGCAAAGGAUGGGUGUUGUGAUCGUGGGACCGUCCGGCUCGGGCAAAUCCACCCUCUGGAAGGUCCUCAAGACGGCUCUUCUGAAACAGGCGAAAGACAUCAAAGUGCACGUAUUCAAUCCGAAAGCAAUGAGUAGAACCCAGCUUCUAGGAAGCAUCGACCUCGAUACCAGAGAAUGGCAUGACGGCGUCUUGACUCUAUCGGCGAGGCAGGUCAUCAAAGAAGAAGUCACGUCAACGUCCUGGAUCAUCUGCGAUGGUGACGUAGAUCCCGAGUGGAUCGAGGCUUUGAAUUCAGUUCUGGACGACAACCGUCUGCUCACGAUGCCGUCCGGGGAACGGAUCCAAUUCGGAUCGAAUGUCAACUUCUUGUUCGAAACUCACGAUCUGUCGCAUGCCUCUCCUGCCACCAUCUCCCGAAUGGGAAUCAUACACUUGAGCGUUGAGACCAUGAGCCCGGCGAACCUGCUCUGGGCUUGGCUCAAGGGAGAAAAACCGGAUGUUCAAGUGAUUUUGAAACCUCUCUUGGAAAAUUACUUCCUUGGCUGUUUGGACUGGGUACUGAAACGGAACGAGAACGCCAUACCGACCACAAGCAUCGGCUCCGCGCUCGGAGCCCUGUCUCUCCUGCAUGGAGUCAAGUCGAAGGCGGAACUAGCAGCUGCCCUUGUGCACGGGUUCGGCGCUAAUCUCCGGCCGUCCGCGCGGCAACCCUUCGCCCAGCAGACUUUGAAUUCUAUGGGAGAAAUGGUCCCCGAUCCAAAUCGGGCCGAGUUCACGUACUUCAACAAAAGACGCGACCGUCUCGAUGUUUAUCAGAAAGCCGAGGAUAGAGCGGUGGACAUCACUUCGCUGACGGGACCGAUCGGUCGGCUACCCGUUAUCGAAACGAUCCCGAUCCAGAGAGCGAGCGAGAUACUGAUACAGUGGCUGGCACAGACUAAACCGAUUAUAAUCGCCGGCCCUCAGGGCUCGGGAAAAUGUCUGUUGGUGAGACACAGCUUCGCGAAAAUGUCUCACAUGUCGAUUCAACUGGCGAACUUCUACUGCUCGUCGCAGACCCGGCCGGUACACGUUCACCAGAAACUACUCCAACACUGUAUCGUCGUGAAUUCAGGCAGCACGAGUAAGAUCCUCCGUCCGAAAGACAGUGAGAAGCUCGUCGUUCUCCUGAAGGAUAUCAGCGUACCGAAAAAAGAUAAAUGGGGAACUUGUCAGCUGAUCGAAUGGCUGCAGCAGAUUACGAACUACGGGGGUUUUUACGACGAGAACCUCGACUGGGUCGUUCUCGAAAGAAUUCAGUUCGUCGCCACAGUGUCGGACGGUACGAGCAUUUCGACGAGAUUCACAUCGAUCUCUCUGAUGAUGGCUCUGGAGCAUCCUGGACCCGACGAGCUGCUUCAGAUAUAUUCCGCCCUCCUGAGACCCGUAGUCGCUGAAUCAUCUUUGGACGUGAACGCAUUGACCUCGGCCAUGGUGAAGUUGCUGAUGUCAAUGAGGAAAUCCUUCUCGAUGAGUUCCCGGAAACAUUAUGUAUUCACCGCGAAAAAUCUCACCGAAUGGACUCGCACCUUGACCAGAUACACAAAAUCGGAGAGCGAACUCGCCACCGUUUGGUGUCACGAGGGACUGAGGAUUUUCGGAGACAGUCUCGCCACGGAGUCCGAUGUGCGAGACUUUCUGACUUUGUUCGCUGGCAUUUUGGACUCGGAUCUCGGUGGAGGAUUCAAAAAAAUUCUCCUCGAUCUCGUCUCGAGGGAAUUUUUCUUCGUUGCGUCGGACGGGUCCCCGAACGCCUUGGGCAAGGAUUUGGUGAACAUGCAGAGCGCCGAUUGGGCAGCGACCUUACAGAAGAUAUCGGUGAGAUACGCCUCCCAGGUCCGUCAGAUACGGCCGGCUUUCCACGAGGAUCUCCUCGAUCUAUCGAGCAAGAUAGAUCGUUUGUUGUCGCAGAACAACAGCUCGAUCCUUCUCGUCGGACAGCCCGGUCUCGGUAGGCGAAUGGCAGUCUCGCUCCUGGCUCAUCUGUACGACUACACUUUUGUGAGCCCCAAGAUCAAGCUCCAAUAUUCUGUGUCGAAUUUCAACAACGAGAUAAAAGUCGCGCUCCAGAGCGCAGGAUUCGAGAGGAAACCAACCGUUCUGCUAAUUGAGGAGCAUCAAAUCGAGAAAGAAGAAUUCCUCGAAAUCAUCUGCGGAAUUAUAGCUUCAGGUGAGCUGCCAGGUCUCUUCGCACCGCAAGAGCUCGAACCCCUCAAGGAGGUUGCUUCGGACGAAGGUUUCCGCGGCGGAGUAUUCGCGUAUUUCGCCGAGAAGGUCAAACAAAAUCUACGGGUCGUGAUAACGAUGAGCUACAGCGAUCCGAGAUUCAACCGACGGCUCGAGGAUAACCCUGCGCUGUUCAAACACUGCACCGUGGUUUGGACCACGGGCUGGAGUUCCGAGACCAUGGAGAACAUGCCGACCCUAAUGAUCGAGUCGAACGACCGUCCGAAAACCGCGAACUCCGACCGGUGCAGCGUCGAGGCGUUUGCCAAGUUAUUCAGCAAGGUCCACGAAAGUGUCGGGGUAGAAUACUCCUCGCCUAGAACCUACCAGGGUUUCAUAAAAGCGUACGACGUGCUCUAUCAAAAUAAAUAUUCUGAGCUCAAACAGAGGAAACUGCAUCUCAAAGCCGGAGUGGAAAAACUCGACGAAGCCAAAGCGACCGUCGACGAGCUCCGCGCGAACGCGAAGGUCCAAGGGGAGCUUCUGGUGAAAAAGAGAGCCGAAGCCGAUGAGGCGCUCAAAGCGAUAACCGACAGCGUGUCGCGCACCACCGAACAACGAUCCGAGAUGCAAACUCUGCAGAAGCGUAUGGUUCAAGAGAAUAAGAAGCAGGAGCAAAGGAAGAAGGAGAUCGACGCCGAGCUCAGCGAAAUCGAGCCCCUCAUAAACCAGGCGAAGGACGCGGUCGGGGGAAUCAAAGCCGAAUCGCUGUCUGAGAUUCGAUCCCUCAGAGCUCCGCCCGAUGUGAUCCGCGACAUCCUCGAAGGCGUCCUCAGCCUCAUGGGGGCAACCGACCUCUCGUGGGUCAGCAUGAAAACGUUUUUGUCGAAGAGAGGGGUCAAGGAAGAAAUUCUAAACUUCGACGCCCACAAUAUUUCGGAUGAGAUGCGUCAAAACGUCGAAGCCCUCCUACAGAAACGCGGCGCUUCGUUCGAUCCGAAAAACGCUAAGAGAGCCUCAGCAGCCGCCGCGCCUCUCGCUGAUUGGGUCCGCGCGAACGUAAAAUACGCGGCGGUAUUGCAGAAAAUUGAACCCCUAGAGAAGGAACACAAGCGUCUCAUCGAGAAUCUCAAUACUUCCGAGCAGAGGUCCAAAGAUCUGGCGUCGGCUCUCGAGGGCGUCGACAGACGUGUCGCUGAGCUCAAGGAUCAGUUGAAUAAGUUGACAACCGAAGCCGCUCAGAUCGAGAUCGGCCUGAAGGCCGCUCAGGACACGCUCAACGCAGCGGAAGGCCUAGUGGGCCAGCUGCAGGACGAAUACGCGCGGUGGAGACAGCAGCUGGCCGACAUCGACUCGCAGCUGCAGGAUCUCCCGCUCCGCUGCCUGAUGGCUGCUGCGUCGGUGACCUACUUGGGUCAGCUGCCCGAGGACGUGCGUCAGAAGUUGGUGACCACGUGGACGGGGAUUUUGAAUCUGUCGUCAGAUUUCGAUACAUCGAAGUUCCUCAGCUCCGAGCAGGAAGUCCUGAUUUGGAGGCAGUACGACCUUCCCUCGGACAAACUGUCGGUUGACAAUGCGAUUUUCAUCAAAAGCUCACCGAUAGCUACGUUCGUCAUCGAUCCGACGAGCUGUUCGAUGAACUGGCUGAAAUCCUAUCGAUCGAAAACCGUGGAGAUCGUUUCUCAGCACGAGGACCGCUUCUUAUCCGCCCUCGAACUCGCGAUCCGUUUUGGGAAAUUGCUUGUUGUUCCCGAUACGCAGAAAGUGGAACCGAUUCUGAUACCUUUGCUACGGAAAGAUCUCAUCAAUCAAGGCUCGAGGUCGAUGGUCCAGCUGGGCGAUAAAUUGAUCGAUCUUCACGAUGAUUUCGAAUUGGUGUUGCACACUCAAAACUCGUUGAUCAGUCUCCCGCCGUACGUCGACGCUUUGGUGAACGUCGUGAACUUCUCUAUCACUAAAGCGGCUUUGUCGGAGCAGCUGCUCGAUCGCAUCAUCCACAACGAGAACCCCGACGUCGAGGAAAAACGGAUGGAACUUAUCAAGAACCAAGAGAGAAUGAAAGUCGACUUAGCUCGCAUGGAGGACGAACUACUCAAUCAGUUGGCUUCGUCGCAAGGAAACCUCCUCGAGAACAAGGUCCUGCUCGCAUCGUUGAACCACAACAAAACCAACAGCAUCACAAUAGCGAACGCCUUGGAGGAAUCCGAGAAAUUGCAGGCGUCCGCCGAGGCCGAACGGCGUCAAUAUUCAAAGCUGGCGGAUUUCGCAAGCGACACGUUCUUCGUGACCAGGGACCUGCGUCAGCUGUCACCGAUGUACCUCUUCCAUCUGAGCACCUUCGUCGAAGUUUUCGAAAACGUUCUGAAAACGACGACGAGAUCGCCGAAAAUCGAAGACGUCAUCGCGGAAUUGAGCGCUGAGUUGCUGAGAGCAACUUUCCUGAAUUUCAGCAGAGCUCUCUUCAAAGAGGACCGAAUCUGUUUCGCGCUGUAUCUUUUGAAGAAAAUGCAAGCAGAAAACUUCCCGGCGGCUCAAUGGGAGAGCUUCAUCGGACUCGGCGAGAGUAAAGCCGAAGUUCCUCAGAGUUCCGUCCCGCCGUGGGUUGAAGCGGAUCAAUAUCUCGCAUUAGCAGCCUUCAAAGCUGUCAACAUGGACAUAUGGCCCGCGUUGGAACUCCAUAACGAGAGCUGGUGGAAAGAGUUCGGGAAAAGCGACAAAUGCGAAAAUGAGUUUCCUCCUCAAGCCAAAUUGAAACCGUUCAACGAAGUGCUCCUGAUCAAAGCUUUGAGGCCGGACAGACUUUACUUUAAAAUAAGCGAUUUCGCCGCAACGUCGAUCGGCGUAAAAGAUCUUUCGGCGGGAAUCCGAUCCCUGAAACGAGUAUUCGUCGAGUUGUCAUCGGCACGAGUCCCGAUCCUAAUUUCGGUGCCGUCGGGCAUCGACCCGAGCAUCGAAAUCGCCGAGGCAGCCGAGACCACUGUUGGCAGCGGAAAGUAUCGAAUGAUAUCGCUCGGCCACGAACAGACCGCGGAGGCGCUAAAAGCCCUCAAAGAAUUAGCGGUUUCCGGUCACUGGCUCUGUCUUACGAACCUCCAUCUCGUGACAACGUGGAUUCCAAAUUUACUGAAAGAGUUAGCCACACUCGAACCCCAUGCGGAUUUCCGGCUCUGGCUAACGACGGAACCCAGAGACACCAUACCGCCUCGGCUGAUCGAAAUUUCCCUCAAGAUCGCGUAUGAGACUCCACCGGGCUUGAAGCGUAACAUGCAGCGAAUCUACGAUUCGUGGUCGCAGGAUACGAUUAGCUGCCGAGGGAAUCUUCAAGCAUCGCAAUGCGUGUUCGUGUUGGCGUGGUUCCAUGCCAUCAUCCAGGAGCGGAGGACUUACAUCCCCCAGGGAUGGUCCAAGGGAUACGAAUUUUCGGCCGGGGAUCUGAAAGCGGCACUUCAGGUGGUUCAGCAGCAAUUCACAUCGGGAUCCGUGGAAUGGUCCUACCUGCAAGGCUUGCUAGACGUUGCGAUCUACGGGGGACGGAUAGAGUCCGCAUUCGACGACCGGAUCCUCCGGGCCUACGUGACGCGGCUCUUCAAUAAACAGGUCGUUACGGGCUCGUCCAGAUCGCAAGGCGUUGCGCCGAAUGUCGGCGUGCCCGGCGAGGCUACGGGCAGGGAUCACUUAAAAAUUAUUCAGGCUCUUCCCGAGGAGGACAAAGCUGCGUUUUUCAAUCUCCCUGCCAAUAUAAAGCGAACCCAGCAGAAGGUCAAAGCGAACGAGAUCAUUUCACGGCUGAAACAGAUGAGUAUCGCGAAAAGCGAUGAAAAAUCAGACAAGACCGCUGAGCGCUGGAAUCGAGGCGUCGGGCCGCUCUUGGCGCUGUGGAAAAAGCUCAACGAGGGCUUGUCGAUUCAUCAGCAGAAAAUCGACGAAUUCGGAUCAGAGAGCGAAUCGCCCCUGGAAACAUUCGUGUCCAAUGAAUGGAGUUCCGCGGUUCGACUGGUUCAGACGAUCCACCAUAAUUUAUCGGAAAUCAGCAAAAUCAUCAGAGGCACGGCUCUGGUGACAUCGGCAUCGUCGUCGAUCGCAGAACAACUGUUACGUCUCGAGACUCCUUCGGAAUGGCUACGACUCUGGAGUGGUUCGGAGGACCCGUAUGUGUACCUUCGGUUGGUCGUCUCGAAGGCGUCGUCCAUUCAGAACAAAUGGCUGCAUCGUUCCGGCAGUCUCGCCGGGAGUUCACUGGAUCUCGCUGAACUCUUCAAUCCAAACAAGUUCUUGAACGCGUUACGACAGCAGACAGCUAGGCAAGCCAAGACCGCCAUCAAUGCUCUGCGGCUGGAAGUUUCGUUCCGGAAACCUUUGAGCUCAUGUCCUAUCCAGGUCAAGGUUGAAAAUCUACUGAUAGAAGGCGCUCUUUUCGAUGGCUCGUCACUCUCUGAAUGCCACCAUAACUCGCCGACAACAACCGCGGUGCCUGUGGCAAGCCUCGGAUGGACCAGUGACAUGCGUCUCGCCGAUGCAACAAACGUCGUCGGGGUUCCGCUAUACGAAGACGCGACAAGAUCGAAAUUAGUGACUAGCGUAGAUCUGCCGUGCGACGCAGAUCCAGAUACGUGGAUCUUGUUCAACGUCGCUCUACUCCUCCGGAAUGUCUGA